AUGGCUCUCCCCCGUGCUGCCGUGCUGGCUGAGCGCAAGAAGCUCCAAGUCGGCAUCGAGACGGUCGCCAACCAGCAGUCCACCGACUUCCCAGGACACUGGCCGGGCGAGAACCACGAAUGGGACCUGGACUACUUCAAGGAGAACUUCCACGUCCACUUCCACGCACGCCCCACACCCUACGACUCGUCCUUCUCCCUCUCCGGCCUCGACACCUCCGUCGCAAACGCCUUCCGCCGCAUCCUCCUCUCCGAACUCCCCACCCUCGCCAUCGAGGACGUCUUCGUCUACCAGAACACGUCCAUCAUCCAGGAUGAAGUGCUCGCCCACCGCCUCGGCCUCAUCCCUCUCUGCGGCGACCCCAACGGCCUCGACUGGAUGAAGUGGUACGUCAAGCCCACCGACGACGACGAGGGCUCCGGCGGGCCCUCGGACUUCAACUGCGCCAUCCUGCACCUCGACGUCGAGUGCACUUGGCAGGAAGGCGGUCUGCAGCGCGCAGUAGCCGGCGAGACCGACCCGGACAAGCUGUACAUCAACCACUCCGUCUACGCAAAGGACCUGGUCUGGGCGCCCCUGGGCAAGCAGGCCGACAAGUUCGACGCCGCCCAACCCAUCCGCCCCACCAACCCGGACAUUCUGAUCGUGAAGAUGCGCCCCGGCCAGAGAAUCACGCUCACCAUGCACGCCAUCAAGGGCAUUGGCCAGGACCACGCCAAGUUCUCUCCUGUCGCCACGGCCUCGUACCGCCUGCUCCCCACCAUCGACAUCCUGAGUCCCAUUGUCGGCGCCGACGCCAAGAAGUUCGCGCGCUGCUUCCCCAAGGGCGUCAUCCGCCUCGACAAGGUCACCGCCGCCGACGCCGCCGCCGACCCAGAGCUGAGCGGACACGAGGGCGAGAACAAGGCCGUGGUCGAUAAGCCCAUGAACGACACCGUCAGCAGAGAGUGCCUGCGCCACCCCGAGUUCAAGGACAAGGUGAAGCUGGGACGCGUGCGCGACCACUUCAUCUUCCGCAUCGAGAGCACCGGCCAGAGGGAGAGCGACGACCUGUUCCUCGAGAGCGUCAAGGCGCUGCGCAUCAAGGCCCAACGGAUAAAGCGCGGGCUGGACGAGAUGAUGAAAUAG